AUGCCACCAAGGUUCCAAAGAGGAGGAAGAGGCAAGGCACCAUUCACCAGCCAUGAUCAUGAAGUCGGACCUUCCCACCGGCGAACUCCGUCUGCAACAAUGAGCAGAAGCCCUCAAGAGGAUUGGAGGACAUAUUUGGAGCCCGCGAGGUGGUCUAUCUCGCUAAGCUCAUCACCCUCUUACCAUCAUUCCUUUGGGCCACAAUCGAAGAACGAGCCCAAUGAUUCACACCACUCUUACCUACCACUGCAGCGGUCGGGGUCACACCGCGCGUUUCAAAAUCCGACCCCGUAUUUCCAGAGCCAGUUUAACCCGGCAAAUCAGUUUGAAGAACCAAUGGGUCAUAACCCAUUGGGCCCUGAAGACCAUUUUCCUGAAGCUCAGGACAUGGAUAUGGAUGAUGACCCAGAUCCUGCCAAACCACCAUCUGGGACACCUACUCACCCCAUCGAGAUUUCGGAUGGGUCAUCUUUUCAUGGAUCACCCUAUCGUGGUCCAGACAGCUAUGAGGCGAGAUUUUCCCAAUACGACUGGGUGUUUACUCCCUCUUACAACCCGUCUCAGCAGCAUCAACAGCAGGAUCCCUCGGAGGAUUCAUGUUUUGUAGCGGUCACUCCACCGCCACCGCCACCGCCGCCAGAGCAGCAGCCGCUCCCGGAGCCACCGAGGCGGAGAAGAUCAAACGCACGGAUGUCCGUGAGAGGGGGAUUCCGUUUCAGCACCCCUCAACCUUCCAGUGGCAGUCACUACCCGCCACUUUAUGAAGACCAGCAGAUGGGUGGGCCUUCGAACCCCGUUUCUGAGGUGGACUCUGCGCCAGUCGCACCACCACCAAUGGGUUAUGAUAACCUGAUUCCUUCAUACGCCGGUACAGCGGCGUAUAACCCUUUUGAGCAACCAACCCAUACCAACUACAACUACGCUGAGGUUGACCCAUACCUUGUAGCGGCGAACUACAAUGCUCUCCAUCCUGAAGGGCCCUAUGGAGGUCCCUGGCAGACUGGAUACCCGGCCUAUGGGUACCAAUACCCGCCACCUCCUCAACCUCUGCAGCCGCAGCCACCGCAGAUUCAACCACCGCAGCAGCAGGAGAUUCUUCAAAGGUUGAGCCAGGUGGAACGUGAAGUGCAAGAGGAGCGUAGAAGCCACCGGGGAUUCCUUAAGGGUUUGGCAAAUUUAAUAAAGGGGAAGAACAGAAGGGAUCAUUGA